CACAUCAAGACUCAAUAGCAGAUCACAGCCACCAACAGCUCCCUAGUCCUAGCGUCGAGGAAAUUACCUAAAUAUCUACAGCCAGACAGAACAGUGUCGAGAUACAGAGAGUGCAGCAGAUCACCACUCUGUCAGAUCUCAUGGCUCCAUUUCUGCUCCUGUUGUUCCUUCUUUCUGAAGCAGCUUCUGACCCGAUUGUGGUAACAGUGAACCCUGGAGAUGAUGUCAUUCUACCAUGUCAGGCUGCUGAUUCCUCCAUCAGCGUUGUAGAGUGGACCAGACCUGACCUGAAGCCAGAUAUCGUCCUCUUAUACAGAGAUGGACACUUGAAUAAAUACGACCAGCAUCCAUCCUUUAAGGACAGGGUGGAGCUGGUGGACAGAGAUCUGAAGGACAGAGACGUGUCUUUAAUUCUGAAGAAUGUGGACAUCAUCGAUGCUGGAACAUACGAGUGUCGAGUUAUAUCCGGUGAUACUGACCCAGUCAGAACCAUCAGAACCGUCCGUCUGCAGGUUCCAGGCUUUAGUGUGGUAACAUUGCCUGGACGGGAUGUCAUUCUGCAAUGUCGGGAUGCUGAUUCCUCCAUCAGAGCUGUAAAGUGGAGCAGACCUGACCUGAAGCCAGAUACCGUCCUCUUAUCCAGAGAUGGACACUUGGAUACAGACCACCAGCAUCCAUCCUUUAAGGACAGGGUGGAGCUGGUGGACAGAGAUCUGAAGGACGGAGAAGUGUCUUUAACUCUGAAGAAUGUGAACAAACACGAUGCUGGAACAUACAAGUGUCGAGUUAAAUCUGCUGUUAGUAACCAUUUCAGACUCAUCAGAACCAUCCGUCUGCAGGUUCCAGACCUGAUUGUGGUAAGAGUGUCUGGAGAGGAUGUCAUUCUGCCAUGUGAGGCUGAUGAUUCUUCCAUCAGAGUUAUAAAGUGGAGCAGACCUGACCUGAAGCCAGAUACCGUCUUUUUAUACAGUGAUGGACACUUGAAUAUAUACGACCAGCAUCCAUCCUUUAAGGACAGGGUGGAGCUGGUGGACAGAGAGCUGAAGGACGGAAACGUGUCUUUAAUUCUGAAGAAUGUGAGCAGACACCACGCUGGAACAUACGAGUGUGGCGUUAAAACCGGUCAUUCAACACAAGACACCAACUCUGACACAAUCAGAAUCAUCAGAAUCAUCCGUCUGCAGGUUCCAGGUUCAAACAGUGGACACUCCGAGGAUGGAAACUCCUCUCCUGUAGGCCUCAUCGUUGGACUGGCAGCAGGUGUUCUGGUUCUUGUAGCUAAGUAGUUGGUGUCCUGAUGUAUAAAAGACGUAAGAACAAGAGCUCAGGAAAACCUGCUGAUGAAGCAUCGCGCGAUAAGUUAAUGUGACAACUCCCAGAGCUCUUUCCAUCAGACUGUUUUUACACGUGCUGUAUAUACAACAUGGUUAUCAUUACUUAUGUGGUUGUAAGGUCAUGUACAGAUCUGCUAUUUGGUCUGUUUUCCAUCGUGGUGGAUUGGUCUGUGAAGCCUCGUGAGAUCGUGCUGAUCUCGCGAGCUCCAGUUUUCCACUCUCAGAUCAGUCUGGCAUAUUAAGAAAGAGAAAAUUUGAUGCCGUUCACCAAACGACUGACCAAUCAGCGUUGGUUUUGAGCUGGGUUUAGGCGUCUAUCACCAACAUAGGUGGUGAUAGACAGUUUAUCCAAUCAGCUAACCAGCAUUUUCUAUUAAACAGAUUAAAUCUGAUAAUAUUGUGUAUGUAACUGAAUGUAAUGAUAAUAUACUCAACGCUGAGUUGUAUCCCAGUAAGCUUUUAAUAGAAAAUGUUUAUUUAGUUGUAAAUAUCAGCAGUUGCUGCUUGUGUGUUUUGGUAAUACUACAUUUCAUAUGGAGUGAAUUUUAAAUGAUUGUUUUCUGUUUGGCCAUAUAAAGCCUUGUUCUGCUUGGAAUUUUAUAUUUUCAGCUAAUGAUUUAAAAUUAAAUAACAUUGAAUUGUGUGAACUGAAGAGUUGAUUACAUUGUGAAUAUUGUUGUUUUUGUAAUUAUAAAAGCAUCUGAUGCAGCUCAGAAUAUCUCAGGACAACAUAAAUGAGUCCGUAAUAAAACAAGACGUUAAACUGUAUUUAUUAUCUACAAAGUAGAAUUACAUGAUGUUUGCAAAAGGAAAUGUUAUGAACUAUAUUAAAGUAAUGAUCUUUGAAA